UAAAUAUUUUUAUUCCACACUCAUCCUGACAACCGGAAGUGAGCUCCAAGAGAUAAACAUUGGGAUUGUGUCGUGCGGUCAUUAAUUUGCGUUUCCAUGCUUUGGCAGACGUUCUACUGAAAGUAGUUUCUGGUUUACACUUCAGUUGUAGUCGCUGCAUAAUUUACACUGCACAUAAAACCAACAAUUUGGGAGCGGCAAAUUUAAGUCAUUAGUUGAAGGGCACAAUGGAGUAUAAACGAAAAAAGAAGAUGACUUACUUCACAAUUGGAUUGAUCUUUCUUCUAAGUGGUAUGGAAUAUGCUGUUAUCUUGCCGACGAUAUGGAGGUACCUGCAGACUCUGGGGGCAGCGCCUUACUUCCUGGGUCUGGGCCUAUCGGCAUUCAGUCUGUCUGGUCUCCUCUCAGGCCCUCUGUUUGGCCACUGGUCUGACAAGACACACGCCACCAAGAAGAUAAUCCUGUUUGCAAACCUCUUUGAAAUUGUCGGUAACUUCAUGUAUUUCAUGGGCUACUCCAAAUGGCUUUUGAUCUCUAGCAGACUAGUGGCAGGUGUUGGUACAGGUGCGGGUUCGUCCAUCUUUGGUUUCAUGGGCCGAUGCACAGCCAACGAGGACCGCUCCACCGUGUUCGCAUCGGUCAUGGCGUGCCGACAGAUUGGCCUAAUGAUUGGUCCCGUAUUGAAUCUCUUCCUGAGGCUUUGUGACUUCAAGUUGGGGCCGUUCGUGGUGAACAAGUACACUGCACCUGGGCUUUUUAUGUGCUUGAUGUGGACCCUCCUCCAGCUGGUCGUGGUCUUCAUGUUCUGGGACAUCCCUCCCCGGGAGGAGCCAGUGGGGGAGGAGGGAGCCGUGGGGGAGGAGGGAGCCGUGGGGGAGGAGGGAGCCGUGGGGGAGGAGGGAGCCGUGGGGGAGGAGGGAGCCGUGGGGGAGGAGGGAGCCGUGGGGGAGGAGGGAGCCGUGGGUGGGGAGGAGGAGCUGGAGGGAGCCGUGGGUGGGGAGGAGCUGCUGGAGGGAGCCGUGGGUGGGGAGGAGCUGGAGGGAGCCUGGGAGGGGGCCGGGGAGGUGGGGGAGGGGAAGCCCUUGCUCGGGCCACGCCCAGACAUCUUGGGGUCCUACGGCUCGGUGGUGACCCCUGAUCCUCCUAGGUCAACUGCUAACCCGACCAUCUCCAACCUGCCUCACGUCUCUCCUACCCCCUCGCCCCCACUCGAAGGGGUGGGUGACACUAGAUCUGCGAGUUUCAGCAUGAGCCGAGAGUUCCUAAGGGAAGAGGUGGUUGUGCUGUUCACAGCUCACUUCGUCAUACUGUUUAACCAGACAGCACUGGAGACCGUCGUGACUCCGUUGACCCAGCAGUACUUUAACUUCGGGGAGUUGGAGAACAGCAUAAUUUACUGCAUCUGUAGUGUGGAGGUUAUCACAGGCUUCCUGUUUGUCCACUGGCUGUGCCGCCGCACGACCGAGAGGGUGGUGCUGGCCGUGGGCCUCAUCCUCUGCCACAUCUCCUGCGUAUGGUGCCUCAUCUUCUUGGCCAAUCCACAGGGUAAUUUCCCCUGGCAGUUAGCAGAGUUCAUCAUUGGGGUGUUCCUGCAGAUUUCGGGGCUCCCCUUUGUAGCUGUGGCCCAGGUGUCUCUCUUCUCCAAAAUCACUUCAUUAAAGUCACAAGGGUUGAGCCAGGGGGUGCGUCGCUCUGUGGGGGGCCUGGCCACUAUCUUGGGCCCCCUAUGGGGGGGCGGUUUGACGGGGCACAUGUACAUCAUGCUGGGCUUGAUGAUGGCUCUACUGGUCCUGUUCGCUAUCAUGUUCUCUAUCUCCUAUCCCCGCCUGGUGGCUCCCACUGUGGUGGAACAUGCAGAUGGCUUGGAGGAGUGUGAGGAAUGCGGGGGGGUUCGAGUGUGAAGCGAGUGUCUCUUCCUACCCAGAAUCCAUCUCAGGACCUGUGCUUCCUCAAUCUCUGUAGACUCCCAUACGUUGUGCACACACACUGUACAAGAUGACUGUAGGGCCUGUACUAGAUGAAUGUACUUCUGCUAAUUAUAGUAUCAAAAUGGAAACGAAAUACUUUGGAAUUAGGUGUAAUGUACAAGCAUUUUAUAAAGGUGUUGGUUAUGCACAAAACAUUACAACUUCGUAAAGGUGUUUCUGAUUUUUAUUGCUCAUAACCUCCUGUCACAUUUCACAUGAUUGUACCACUGACUGAAGUACUUUCACACACUGACUCUGACAAGAUUUUAUAGGAAAUGAACAGAUCAGGUUUUUUUUUUUUAGAGAGACAGACAAUGGUCAAAACAUUGAUAAUGCCUCACCCCACACACUGUCCAGUUUUCAGCUAACGGAAAUGUAUCAAAGCAUUUUGGUUCUGUUUCUGAUGGCUGAGUAGGAUUAUGAAAUGCAGUACCCUUUUCUUACACUGGUGGGGGCCCUCAUCCUGUAUUUCUUUACUGUGGCGUUACUGAAGACUGUGUGGCAGAGCCUCAAGUAGAUAGCUAUCCUGGUCCCAGAUCUGUUUGUGCUCUUGACGACGCCAUUGCUGUCGAUGUUAAGCCAAACAUGUUUACAGUCACAAGGAGUUGGCACAGACUGCCACUCUGGCAACAAAAUAGCCAAAGAGAACAUGUUUCUGAAAAUCACACGUUCCACAGAAUGAGGGCAAGAGGAAGUACAAGAUCACUACUGACUGUAAUAAAUGCGUAAUGGCUUUAUGAAUGGAGUUAUGUUUAACUGUUUGUAAGUUAUACUGUUCUGGAGGUCUUGUGACAUAGCUGUAAAGAUGAAUAAGGCUCAAUGUAAUCCGUUACGUAUUCUUUUUGCAAUUGAGGUAUUAUAUUUUGGUCAGCGCCUAUCUGUUCUAUAACCACUUAGUUAAUGAAUUCAUGUUUUCCCUUUUUGAGCAUAGCUGUUUUUAUCCGGCAGUGUCUCAUUUUGUAAAGGAUAUGCUAAAUGUUAUAGCCACCAUUCACCUUUCUAUUUGAGACAUUUUUCCCUUACUCUUUUUGAAUACUUUAAGUUGCAUAUGAUUUGACACACACAUUUUAUACAUAGCUAGUAGUCAUGGUCCUGAAUGUGUUGUAAUAUUUUUGUGUGGUUACUAAUGGAGAAGUCUAGAACGUAGAUGAAAUAUUUGUUUUUGAAAGCUAUUUGAAUAAUCUUCUAGUACAUUACCUACCAUUUUGUUAAUCAACUGUCAAAUAUUUUCUAUCAAAAUGAUGUUACACUAGUCUCUGCAACACUACGGUGUACAUGUACAACAGUAUAUUGUGUGUCUUGAUCAUUUUACAAUGAAAUGUCCUUAAUAAAGUUUUUUUUGCCAGUG